AUGUUAAACUCAAAUGACUUAAAUAACCAACAACCUGUUUUCUAUGAUCUGUCUCAAAGCAAUUUUGUUAGUUCGAAUUAUACUAAUCUUUUGGAAGCACAAAAAAUUAAUUCGAAAUGUUUGAAUUCUGUCGUAUAUACUGAACAAUCGGAACGAUAUUAUUGUCCAAAGCGUUGUAGAAGAUCUUUGCCUAUUAUUAGUACAAUACGAAUUACAGACGAUUGUUUAAAAUUACCUAUGGUUAAAUUUCAAUCACGACGUAAUUGUCGUCGACAACAAAAACGUGCUUUACAAAAAGGAAAACAUAUUAAUACCUGUAAAUCUUCAUCUACAACUGGUCUUAAUAAAUAA